CUAGGGUGGGAAAAGGUUAUGGGUUCAGAAUACACUAGAUCAAGUGUUAAUUCGCCAUACCAUAUGGAUGCCAAGGAAAAGGAAUCAAUAAAGGCGGAGAUACGCAAAGAGGUGCAAGAACAAUUGCAAAGUCAAUUCAAUGCCAUUUUGAAGCACAUGAACUUUCCAACCUUGUCUAUGCCCCCGAUAACCCCAGUGGACUCAUGUAGUCACCCAAAAGAUGCCGGGGACGAUCCACUUGUUGAGAGCGAGAUUCCUAAUCCUACGCAUGCAGACUUAAGGGGGAUUGCAAACCAGACACCUGAUCCUUUUCCAGAUGUUCAGGAAGAGACGCCUUGUGAGCUACUUCACCCCGAGAAAAACAUGGAUGGUGAGUUGGUGGGGUAUGGUAGCGCACAACCGUUUGACAAGGUCCAUUUCAAGUCUAAUACUAAUACCCACUACAUCUCCGUCGGCAUCAAUUCCAUAGUACCUGGGUUUGAGGACUUGCCACUACCGGUGCCUAGAGAGGAAUAUGACUUCAUCACGCUACUUGAUGCGAAAGGUAGCUUUGUGCAAUGGGCAUGUUAG